AUGCAGACCGGUUUAGCAGUCACAAUCGCCGUGCUCAGCACGUUAGUAGGGAGUGGCAUACUCUACGGCGUAUACAAGUGCGUCGUCAUACAAAGGGGCCCCGAUCCGGACCCCGAAAAUCCCCCUCCGCCGGCGUAUUGCAUGUAUCAGAUGCCGCCGGUUCAAUACCAAGCGCCGGCCCCAGCCUAUCAGCCUCCGGUCCAGUACCAACCGCAGGUUCAGUAUCAGCCGCAGGGUCAAGCGGGCUUGAUACCGGCUGCCUUGGCAGCACUGGGGGCUCUGUGGCCGCCACCUCCGCCUGCUGCCGCACAACGAGUCGAUUUCAACAAGUACCGACGUCUACCUGCGUAG